CAACUAUUCCCUGACAUUACAAGCAGUGAACUGAGUAGUUCUGUAUAAGCAGACUUCAGCAGCGUUGGACAAGUCAAGUCAAGUUUAUCUUUGCUAGUGACUAACACAACGUAGCCAAGAUGUUUCGUGUGUUCGGCUGUUGUAGAAAGAAUGUUGUACAUGUGGAAGCAGAUGAGUGUAGAAAUACACACAGCUCUCUGAGCAGGGUCAACAUCUCACUCACUUCUGCUACCACCGUCAACAGUGAUGGAAAAAUCUCCAUAUGGAAUCGACUCUUCGGUCGGCCCACAAACUACCAGAGGGACAAAAAAAGGGUCACCGGCUUGGUGGACAAAACCAGUGAGCCCAAGGAAAAGAAGAAGAAGCCUUUCCGGUGGUGGAGGAAAAGGAACAGGGUCACACCAGCUCCUGAGGAACCGCUCCCAAAGAAGCUGUGCCCACCCGCCCCUCACAAACACACAGUGGUGAAGGUUACAGGAGGAAAGGGACCUGAGUUCCAGAGAGUUCUUCUACCCGUGACUGAAAAGGAAGAAGGACCUACAUGCUCAGUCCCAGAGCCCCUCGCACAUCCGCAGCGCAAGUGCCUUGGGUUACCGAACCCCGCGCAGAUCUGCUACAUGAACUCCUGCCUGCAGAGCCUCCUGACACUAGAGGACUUCAUUAAAAGCAUCAGCUGUCAGGAGCCGGUUUGGAGUACAACCCCCAACGCUGCAGUCAUGAGUUCAUUGAUGGACAUCAGCAGGUCUCACUUCUCAUCUGACGUGUGGCACAAAAUACGCCUCCUCAUUCAAUUCAAGAGUGCAGUCGCUGCCUUGAAUCCAGAGUUCAAUGAUCUCGACCAGAAGGAUGUUCAUGAGUUCUUCACCUCUGUGCUGCACCAAAUGAGGUCUCUGGACGCACAGCUGAGGAUGACGGCUGCAAGCAUGGGCCGAACCUACAGCUGUCCGGUGGAAGAUCACAUGCUGUUCAAGAUGCGCAACAUCAGGACGUGCAAAAGAUGCGGUGAAGGAUCCACCAGAGAGGAGGAGUAUACCUGCCUCUCCCUGGACCUCAUACGUGGAAAAGGGACCAUUGAGCAAAUGCUUGAGAAUUACCUCAAGGAGACGGAGUUGGAGUACAAGUGUGAGUGCGGUGCGACCAAGUCACGCAACCGCAUGUCAUUUGUGAACCUGCCAAGAGUGCUGGUCUUGCACCUGAAACGUUUCAGGUUCACUCCAAUGUUCCAGCUGAAAAAGGUCCAUGACCCCGUGGACCUCAGCAGGGACCUGGUGGUCUCCUCCAGCGAGGGCGGUGCCUGCUACAGUUUGGUCAGCACCAUCAGUCAUCUCGGACACUCAGCAAAAAGUGGACACUACGUCUCUGACGGCAUGGAUCUGGAUGUGGAACAGGAGGACCUGAGCGACCGCUGGUUCACCUACAAUGACGCAGUGGUCACCAAAACAACUGGUCAUUCUGUGUGUGCCAAGCGUAGAAACUCCUCCUACAUGCUGUUUUACAAAAGACAUGAUUAAACUGAAGGAGGCUCCCUGCCGAGGUUAGCUGGGGACCAGUUGAAGAUCAUCCUCGUCCCCAUCUCUCCCACUAUGCCUUCUCACUCAUUUUGGUCUCCCUCCCUCCUUCCCUAUGGAGGGAGGGAGGGAGGGAGACCAAAUGAGGCCUUUGGAAACACAUCUGAGGAUGAAGGCAGAAAGCAAGGGCAGAACCUACAGCUUUCCUGUGGAACAAUCCAUGCUGUUUAAAGCAAAAACUCUCGCCAAAAUGUUUUGUGAAUGUAUCCGAGUCAAACCUUCGUGAAAACACAUAAUUGCGACGAAAGAGGCACUUUUAAGAUUUACUGUGUUUUCGUUUUCAGGUCGAACUCAUUUUCAAUGGGAGUUCUUGGGGCACUAGUAAGAUGGCAUCAAAAAACACUAAGAAGGCU